AACCGCGAUAUCAUUAGCCCGCUGAGUACCACAGUCAUUCUUUUCCCAGGACAGGGAUCUCAAUACGCCGGCAUGGCUAAAAACUUGGGAGGGGUGCCGAACGUCAAAGAAAUGUUCGAGUAUGCUUCGAGCGUGAUGAACUACGAUCUAUUGAAACUGUGCAACGAGGGUCCAGGGGACGAACUGAACAUGACGAUAAACUGCCAAGCCGCAGUCUUGGUAACGUCGCUCGCUGCUCUUGAGAAAUUGAAGUACGAUAAUCCAUAUGCAGUCGACCGCUGCGUGGUUACAGCGGGCUUCAGCGUGGGAGAAUAUUCGGCGCUCGUUUUUUCUGGAGCCCUGUCCUUCGAAGAAGCGGUUCAGGUUGUCAAAGUUCGCGGCGAAGCGAUGCAAUCCGUUUCCGAGGAGCGAGAAUCAGGACUUCUGACUGUUUUCACUGGCCCCGAUGCGAAUAUAAGAUAUUCCAUGAAACUAGCACGAGAAUGGUGCAUAGAGAAGGAAGGCAUACCGGAGCCUGUAUGCGAAAUCUCAAAUUUUCUGUCACCGGAUUGCAAAGUAAUCGGUGGGGACCUGAAAGCUCUGGAAUUCUUGGAGAGAAAUGGUCGUGCCUGCGGUAUCAAGAGGUCGAAACGUGUGCGAGUAUCGGGAGCUUUCCAUACGAGUCUCAUGAAACCUGCGAGGAAUGUUUUGAAAAAGAUUCUGGAGCAGGUAGAAGUGAGAGAACCGGCGAUUGAGGUCAUCUCAAACGUCUCGGCUCGAGCUCAUCGCUCAAGGGAUGGUAUUCGGAAAGCCCUUCUCGAGCAUAUCUGCUCUCCUGUUCAAUGGGAGCAGACCAUGCACCACAUAUACACAAGGGAUCGAACAGAAGAGUAUCCGCAGACGUACGAAGUAGGCCCCGGGAAAACCCUGCGACCCCUCUUGAGAGCGUUAAAUAACAGAGCAUACAGCCAAUCUCAUCAAGUUCAAUUAUGAUUGUGCGUCCGGGAAAAGAAAGGUCUCGUGAUUGCAUCGACAAUAAAGCCCGAUUUUU